AUGGAGGGAGAGCCCAUCUCCGUCCUGUGCACCCCUGCUCUGGUGGUGGAUGUGGACAAAGUGGGGUGAAAUGCAGAGAGGAUGAUCGAACGCUGCAAGAAUCUGGGGGUCCAGCUUCGGCCACACAUGAAGACCCACAAAACCAUUGAGUGUGCUGACAUAAUGACGGGUGGAUCACGGAGGUGCAUUGCGGUUUCCACAUUGGCAGAGGCCUGGUUCUAUACCGACAACGGGUUUGAUGACAUUCUCUAUGCAUACUCUUUUCCUUUUGAUAAGGUCUCAACUCACACACUGAAAAGACUCUUACAGCUAUCUAUUGUUUUCCUAUUUUCUUUAAACUUAUUUUUGCUCUCCGCUCUCAGUCUAGACGGAGCUGGAAAACUUCCCACUGGAUAUGCUGUGAUUGAAGGACACCCAAACCUCAAGUUGUUGUCUAUGACCCAGGAGCACGGUAGAGUGGAGCCCAUCUCAGGACCGCUGGACUACAGCAGAUACCCCCUGGACUCUCUACUCACACUGAUCCCCUACCAUUCAUGUGCAAGUGCGGCGAUGCAUCCCGUGUACCACGUGCACUCCGAGGGCCGUCUGCUGGGGAAGUGGACACCAACACGCGGGUGGUGAACACCUAGCUACCCAUGUCACCUGCAGUUCAUUCCAAAAUAUUCAUUAUUUAGUUUUGUACACAAUCUUCAGUUUUGGAUUUUCUCUAAAUGUAAGCGAAUGAAGCUUUGCAUUGUGUACUGCAGCACAACAGGUGCUGGUAACUGCAUGCAUUUAUAGGCAGGAAGUACUGUAUGAUGAUUAUGAGCCUGUUGAAGUGGGUAUACUAAUGUGUGUGCAAUGACUACCACAGGUUCUCUUGAAUACUGGUUGGGUUUUUUUCUGACUAAAUAAAAUCACUACUUCCACUU